GCCGGCGCCGGGAGGAGCGGAACGAAGCGUAGCGGCGGGCAGCGAGUCGCCGUGUCGGCCCCGCCAUGCCGCACUACCAGGCCUGGGAGGAGUUCACUCGCGCCGCGGAGAAGCUCUACCUCGCCGAUCCCAUGAAGGUGCGAGUUGUUCUCAAAUAUCGCCACUGUGACGGGAACCUCUGUAUCAAAGUAACAGAUGAUGUAGCUUGCUUGCUGUAUAGAACAGACCAGGCACAAGACGUAAAGAAGAUUGAGAAAUUCCACAGUCAGCUCAUGCGACUGAUGGUGGCUAAGGAAUCCCGCAGUGCUGCCAUGGAAACAGACUGAACUGCUGAAAAUAAAGGAGCGCUCCGGUCGUAUUUCACUGGAAGAAAACAUCUCUUGGAUUUGAACAAACAGUGGGACAGGAGAUGCUUUUACAUACCAAAGUGGACUGUUGACAAGUCUAGAGCAUCUUCCUCCCCAGGCUCCACUUUGGAAAACUAGGAAAAUAAAUGCUUUCAAUUGAAAGCUUCUAUUUAUUUUUGGGAAUUGAACAAGAAACUAUUCUUACACACUAAGUAUACCAAGACGACAAAUCUUUACAAAUCUACAGUACUUGUGUGUGAAUUGGGUGGGCCACAAUCAUUUCUGGAAAAGUUGUAAUAAAAUGUCAUAUAGGUUUUGUUGCAUUCAUAUGUUAUGCUGGUGUAUUCUCAGUGAGGAUUAUUAACGUCAUACUGUAGCGUGCUUAAUGGAUCUAAUAAAUAUUUACAUAAAUAAUACACUUUGGUGGGGUUUAGAAGAAUGGAUGCCUUCUGAACUGAAGUGUUAAAACUGCCAAUGUAUAUUAACACCACACCUAGCAAAGUUUUAGCUUUUAGAAUUGAUUUUGGUCGCAUGUGUAACAUCAGUGAUGCAUUUGUAGAACUGUUAUAUUGGGUAAAUAAUUAAGCUUCUCUAUUUGAAAUGUUGAAGUAACACUUGCUGCAUACAGUUAGCAGUACUCCAGCAGAGUUUCUUUUCUGGUUAGGCAAAUACUGAUGAAAAAUACCUGACCAUUUUUUCAGUACUUGAACUAUUACAUACUAGAAAGGGGGACCUUUCCUAUCCUUGCCUCAGGCAAAGCUGAAGUACAUCAGCAGGACUAAUUCUAGAAGCUCUUGCCUGUUUUGUUAAUAGAAGAAUGCAACUAAACACUAUCCAGUCAUCAUUUUUAGCUACUUGUAACAUUUGAAAACGCACAGUUCACAUGAGGCAGAUGGAUGUCAGCCAGCUGAAUAGAUAGAUAAAAACCAGCUUAAUAAAUAUCACUGUCAAAAAUAGACACACACCCACUAGACUUGGACUUUUCACAUGGUUACCUCUGGUAGGGUGAUGAAAACUUUGUCUUUUGCAAAUGCUUUUAUGCUUGACGAGCCAGUAGCUGAUAUUGAUACUGGGCCAUGCAAACUUAAAACCACAUUUUGUUUUUUUAUGUAAAUAUGCUACUGGUGUAUUGUAUGCCCCGAUACUGUUCUGGCUUAAAAUCAAGCCAUGAAAACCAGCCGGAGCUAGAGAAAGACUUGUCUGUACUAGCAUUUAAAUAUGGCAAAGCAAUCCACUUCAAUAGCUACCUGUUGUCACUGGCAUUAAAUAAAUGCAAUCUACUUAGAGGCAAUAGAAUUGUCACAUUUGCUGAGGCCUCUAACACACAACACAGGCUCGGCUGCUGCAGCAGAAUACCCAACCAGCUGAUGUGCAACACUGCAUACUGUUGGAGAGCACUUGGGUGCUAAAUUGCCAGUGGCUGCUCUGUAGGAGUGACCUACAUGUAAUGGUUUUGGAUUGGCUUUCAAAAUGCAGAUAAAUCCAGAGAGAAGGCUAGAUUUUGUUCAUAAUUAAACUGUAAUAAGAUGCUGUGAUCUGAGAAUUUUCCUUGACAGUCCAAAUUAUUGUCUUAAUAAUUGCAAUAUAGCAUGUUAAGUAAUUAAGCCAUUUUUUUAAUCUAGAGUACUGUUCUGCAAUACAUAUGGCUGCUGUACAGAAGUCACGCAAGUGAAGCUUUAUGCUGCUAACUUGGCAGGUGCAAAGACUGCUGCUAUCUCAGUGUGAUUUUUGGCCCCCUUAUGAAUUGGUUUGGCAUGUAGAUGUCUUCUGUGAGCAGAGAGACAGAAAGAUUUGAUGGUAUUCAUUUGUGCAUGGAGGAUAAAGGUAAAGAGAGAGAGCUGCAGGUAAACUUUGUGCACCAAGAGGCUGAAAGGAUUGAACUAGAGACCCGGGGAGGUUCUAAAGGGGAGUACUGGUGGCUAUUGGAUGGAGGGAUUACAGUGCUAUACUGAAAUGCAGUUCUCAAGAAGAAGAGGCAGGAAAGCCAGUUCCUAGUUUUCUAAGUUCAGAAAUUAAUCCUGUAGAAUCACAAGGAAACAUUAAUGCUGCAUUCUUCAAGGUGAUGUUAUGCUUGUUCUUCGUAUCCUCACAGGAAAAGGAAGAUGGUACUAUGCAAUUAUAAUAAAUAUUGCUGAAGCUAUUGCUUUAGAAACAAACCAAAAGCCUUUAGAAACUCAUUUAGGGAAAAAAAAGACUACAUACUUCUCACUUCUUGACUUUGUUCUGGAGCUUUCAGCCACUUGAGUGCUCCGUGUUCAUGGGAUGGUAGAAACACUGAACUCAAAGCUCUGCUUUUUGUUGCUUAUGUAUGCUUUGUUGUUUAUGUAUGCACUUGUUGCAUACAUACUGUAGUUACUGAUUCCUAAUAAACUUUGUCAGUGAGUUAGGCCAUCCAAUUGCCAACUGCUCAAAGGUGUCUGUUAGUAUGUAAUGGAAAAAAAAAGUCAGCUUACCGUGGCUGCUGCUGCAUUAAAAGGUAACUGAUUGUGUAGAAUAUCUGCAUGGGAAGUGCUGAAUGCAGCAGCCCAGCCUAUCAGCAGAUCUUUCUGGUUUCCAGAAACAAUUAUGCCAAUUAAAGGCUGCAAGCAGCCAGCUCAGGAACAUAUAGGUAACUUGGCUGGCAAAGGGGAUCUUCGCAGGAGGACUGACGUUAUUAAAGUAAAUAAAAGGAUGGUUUUGCUUGCUUUAGCCUAUUUUGUUGCUGCAUGUGUUAGUUAUCUUUGGUGACAAUCUCAUUCUGUGAGCACAGUUUAAUAAAAGGGUCUUCUGUUUCCUUUGGGGUUUUAAUUCUAAGCCUCUGGAUACGUAAGCAUAUUCUGGAUUACAGGGAGAUCCUUUAAUUAUCCGCAGAAGUGAGAAGUGGUUACAAGUCAUGGUUUUAGAGAUGCUUAUGAAAGAGGCUUUUGUUUUCAUCAAAGUCUUGAGCUAAUGCUUUCAAGAGCAUCAGAUUUAUUCUGGAAAAUUAGGUGCUUUUGUGCCUGAGUCCGUGCAAAUGGGGAACUGAACUGAAGCCAAGCCUUUAACAAUGUUUUAACUUGUCAAAAUAAUUGUCUCUUAUCUCCAUAAGUUCCUUCCUGCAGUGCAAGAAGUGUAUACUGCUCAACAUUCCCUGUAAUAAAUGUGGAGAACCCUUGGUUUC